AUGUUCUUAGCAUUUCCUGUUUUAAUAACAACAUCGCCCGCAAAUUCAUCGAUUCAAUCAAAUUUCAAUACAAAAACAAAUAUUCUUUUAACAAAGUUACCAUUAGCUCAGUCAAAUAGAAGUCGACAUCCGACACAUGUGCUACGUGUUAGAAUAAGAAUUGAUACAAUUGACAAUGCAUUAAUUGAAACAUUAGUAAAUCAAAAACAAUUGGAAAUAAUUGAAAAGCAAUUGAAACAACGUAAUAUACCGUUUCAUCAAAUACAAGAUAAUAAAGAUGGAAUAACCAUCAUCGUGGGCCCAUUUCACAAAGCAAAUCAAUUACAUUCAAAUCAAUCGAGAUUUAAUGCAAAUUUUAGUACAAUUAUUCCACAAAAGAAGUUUUUUUCACACAGUGAAAAUGAUCGAACAUUUGAACAUGGACUCCCGUUACGUGUGGAAGCCCAAGAAUUUGAUCUCGCAGUUGAUCAAGGUUAG